UCCCGACGACACAACGCGGAACCAUGAAACCCCGGAACUAAACACACGUGUUCACAAAUGUGUCCGGAAUCUUUUUCGUGUACCACCGAUCUGGAUGCGUGUGAAUUUCCAACGCCGAGGUAAACAGUUUUUGAUUACAUGUUCAUUUCGGAUCGAUUAAUAUAUUUGACCUGUUACUUUACACACUUGGAUUUCUGCCUCAAUUUUGUUCAACUUGUCCAGUUAACAAAGAUCUGUCAAUCUGAGGAGUUAGUCAUCAUGAAACGUCUAUAUAUCGGUGGCCUGAGCCACACCAUCACUCAAAAGGAUCUGAAAGACAGAUUUGGUAAAUUUGGUGAUGUUCAGGAUGUGGAACUCCGGACCCGGAGAGAUGAUGAAGGAGUUCCUUAUAAAACCUUUGGAUAUAUCAAUUUAGAAAUUACUGAUGCUGGUUUUAAGAAAUGUAUGACUGUGUUGAACAAGUCCAAAUGGAAAGGUGGAACAAUACAAAUUGAGCAGGCCAGAGAAACCUUCUUACAGAAAUUAGCUCAGGAGCGUCAUGAAGCUGCAGAGAAGAUCCAAUCACCAAGCGUCAACCACAAAGACAAACUCGUGGAGUCAAUGAAGGAGGCAGGAGUGGAGAACUUCCACAUGAAGGCAGCUGUUCCUGGGACAGAGAUACCUGGGCACAAGGAUUGGGUUGUGAGUAAAUUUGGACGAGUCCUCCCGGUUCUUAAUCUCAAGUGCCAAGGAAGGAACAAGUUCAUCAAGUAUGAUCCGUCGAAACACAGCCACAACAUCAAGAAACUAGAGAGUUCCGCCGAGGUUCCAGACCCGACGCCCGUGUCCCAACUGACGUGGGAAAUAUCAGGCGGCGACGACGACAUCAGUAAGAAGAGGAGAGGAGAGUUCCCGCCGCAGAAAAAACCACUUGCUAAAAAGAAGAAAGACCGUCCGAACCAAGUCGUUGCAAACGGACAGUCCGACCGUGUGAAGUCCUGUCGGACCUCGGAGAAAGGUUCAACGGUUCUGAAGUCUAACGGCGAAACCAGACCUCCAACUAAACCUAAACAGACACCGGUCUCUAAGAAACUCCAGACGCAGACCUCUGUGUGUGUUUUUGACAGUGGCGAUGACUCGGAUGGGAACAUUAGGACGUUGGCACAGCGGAGUACCCCGGUGGACGGCCCGGUAGUAGAGGAGGAUGAAGACAACCUGGAGGUGGUAGGCGAUAACUACAUACCCAGAACAUUCCUUACCCAGCAGAAGAUUAAAGAUGUCUGCCAGCUUCCAGGGGGGUCUUCUGGGAAGAACGAGGAGGAUUAUGACUCAGCUGAUACUGAUGAGAUCCUCAACUGCAGAAAAACACCCAGUGGUACCAAGCAGGACCAACUGCCCGAGGUCAGUAAAACACAAGAGAAAGCUGAGGUGAAUAAGCAAACCAACAACCUAGAAACAGACAAAGUCCUCCCUGAAAAGGCUAACAAAGUCCUCCCUGAAAAGGCUAACAAAGUCCUCCCUGAAAAGGCUAACAAAGUCCUCCCUGAAAAGGCUAACAAAGUCCUCCCUAAAAAGGCUGUAAAGAAAGUCUCCCCUAUAAAGAAGACCCCUUCGCCAGAGAGUGAUAGUGGUGAUGGUGAGGAUGAUGACUCGGAAGAAGAGCGUGAAGAUUCCUACUCUUCAAAAGCCAAAAGGACUUAUAGCGUCCUCCCUAAGAAAAAGGCUAUUGAGAAAUCCACUACCCCUUCAGAAUCUGAUGAUGAUGAUGAUGAUGAUGAUUCGGAAGAAGAGAGUGAUUCUGACUCUUCAAAAGCCCAAAAGACCGGCAAGAAGGUUGUCUCUAAAAAGAAGACCCCUCCUUCAGAAUUAUCAUCUGACGAUAGUGAAUCAAGUGAAGGUACAUCUGAGGCUAGCGCCGAUUCCGAAUACGAAGCCAUGUUUACUAACUGUCAGAGGUUGGAGUUUUCACUGGACGAUCUGCAGCAGCUGGUUAAAGAAUCGUUUUUGAAAGGCUUGGACAGUGACGACGACGACGACGAUCCGGGAUCUGAUUCACAACAACCUGGACCAAACCGAGUGUCUGAGGUGCUAGGGAUGGAACCCAGGGCUACUGCCUCUGAGGCUCCUGUACCGCUGGCUAAGACGGGAAAUGGCAACACACCGGAGGAGAUUCUGGCGGCCAUCUUUGAAGAGGACAACAGCGACGAGGUGAGAGAGAAGAAGAAGAAGAAGGGGAAGAAGAAAACAAAUCCGUCAACAUCUCUUCCUGCUUUCCAGGGGACCAAGGCUCUCUUAGCCACAUCGCCACAAAGUCUAAAAAGACAAGUUGAGGAGGACGGAAAAAUGAAGACGUCCACUAAGAAACAGAAACGUGACAGAUUAGUACUCUCAGAGGAUGACGCCAAGACUGUGUCAAAACCCUUAGAAACGAAAGGCACUAAAACUAAAACUCGUCCUCCUAGCAGCUCGGACAGUGAAGAUACAACCAAGUCACCAGCCCUCAGACGGAAAACGACUUCGAAAGCCGAGGCAGAGAAGAAGUCCGUCCCAGCGGCCAGCUCUACGUCCAGCAGCAGUGGGUGCUCCAGUGUGGAGUCAGAGAUGGAGGAAGAUGUACCUGCUAAAAAUACUCAAAAGGCUGAGGUGUCUAAGAAGCCCCAGACUGCUGGUGGGGUUAUAGAUGCUAAGCAACAGGACAACCAAAAACGCCUAGCUGCUCAGGAACAGAGGCAGAAGGAGGCUGAACUACAGAAGAAGCUCAUCCAGGAGGCUCUGGCUAAACUGGAUUCAGCUGCUAAUGGGAAACACCACAUCAAGUUCAGCUCUGAUGAGGGAGAGGAUGGCAACGAGGAAGAACAUACUUCCCAUGUACCUCCCAACCCCAAGAAGACACUGUUCCAGGACAGCCAGUCUGAUGAGGAAGACUCUAGUGAUGAAGAAUCACCAGCUCGAGGAAAGCCAGACCUUAAAGACAGGGAAUAUAAGAAGCUGGCGGGCAGCAACCUGUUUGACGACGAGGAUGAUGAUGAUGAUGAUGAGGAGGAGAAGGAUGGGGACAGGUUCCAGAUUAAACCUCAGUUUGAAGGAAAAGCUGGAGCGAAGCUCAUGCAACUGCAGUCGAGGUUUGGAACAGAUGAGCGUUUCCAGAUGGAUCACAGGUUUAUUGACAGUGACGACGACGAACCAGAGAUGGAGUCGUCUCAGCCGGAGAGAGAGUGUGAGCUGGUAGAGGAGAAGAAGAAAAGUCUAGACAUCUUAAAUAAUCUCCUCAACAUCAACGUACAACCCUCUGACCCUAAUAAACCCACAGCUAAGGGCAAGACGUUCAGAGAUAUCUCAGCGUUGCAGUAUGACCCAACCAAAGAGGAGCACGCUGCUUUUGAAACUAAGAAGGACAAGCCCAAGAAAGACAGUAAACUGGCAAGGAAGAAGAAGCGGGAGGAGGCGGAGAAGCUGCCAGAGGUCUCCAGGGAGAUGUAUUACGAUGUGUCCAUGGAUCUGAAGGAGGUGUUUGGAACCUCCAAGGAGGAGAAAACGGAGGAGGAGGAGGAGGAGAAUGUGGCCUGGGAUAAAGAAGAGGAAGAGACCAGUCAGCCUAUGGCAGUCGAUCCAGUGAUGGUGUCAUCUCACCUGUCAACCAAUGAGGGAGAGGCAUCGUCAGGCUUCAAGUUCUCGUUCUUUGGGGGUGACACGGCAGCCGACACCACCACUGAAAAAGAGGAGUACCGUAUCGAGACGCUCAAGGGGGCCAAGGUGUCAUGGCAGGUGGACCCUCGUUUCCAGGACAGCAGUGAUGAGGAGGAGGAGGAGGAAGAGGAGGCCAAGGAACAGACUGACACCACUACACCCACAGAAGAGCCGCUGGCGUCGAAGAAAGCUUUCUUCUUUUUCCGGCUCGACGAUGAACGGUUAAAAGAGGGGCCUAAAGCGUUCUGCAGGUCAUCCAAGCUGGAGGACCAAAGGGAGAUGUGGGAGGAGAAGAGGACGGGACUCAUAGAGGAGUACCGUAAAAAACACAAGGAUGCAAGAAGGAAGCUGAAAACCUCCCAAAGAAACUGACACGGGAUCCACAAGACAUUGAGAGAGAGAGAGAGAGAGGACCUCUCGUUUGACACCGUCUUACCCGACUCGACUAACAACCAUGCUAGUGGCCAAGACUUCUCCCCAGACCAUUUCAAAUCAUAUUCUGACUUUAGGGAUGGUACUUUUUUUUUUGUAUUAUGUUAAGUUCUUACCUCCAACUGCAAUCGUGUUACCGGCAUAGUUUAGUUUUAAUUUAUAAAGAGACAUGGCCGUUUACCAAUAAAACCAGCUCCAUUUUCCACCACCAGGGGACAGGGCCGUGUCGUUUUUACCUCAGAUGGUGUUAUUGACUUCCUUGAGGUGGUGUGGGGAGACUGAAGGUGCCCCUAGACGCUGGUCUCGGGUCAGUUUUUGAAUUUUCCCCCACUAAUUGUUAACAUUAGGAUUGUGGGAAGGGGAAGCUGACCCUAGAUCUGUACCUGAGGGGAAACUUCACCCUGGAGUGAGGGAGACUGAAGGUGCCUCUAGACGCUGGUCUCGGGUCAGUUUUUGAAUUUUCCCCCACUAAUUGUUAACAUUAGGAUUGUGGGAAGGGGAAGCUGACCCUAGAUCUGUACCUGAGGGGAAACUUCACCCUGGAGUGAUCCAACUCCAUUUACAUUACAUAAUGAUGUGAAUCUGAUCUGUACUACAGAAUUGCAUGGUUGUAAUUGAUUUAUGUCUCUUUUUUUCUAUGGAGAAUUAAAACUCAGAAUAUCUUUC